CGGAAGCGGGCAUAGAGAGGCAACGGAGAUGGGAGAGUUUGGCUCCCUGGGGGAGUACGUUCUGAUCCGCCCCGUAGGGAAGGGGAGCUACGGGGAAGUGAGUCUGGUGCGGCACCGAACCCUCGGCAAGCAGUUUGUCAUUAAGAAGUUGAACCUACAGAGCGCCUCUCGGCGGGAGCGCAAAGCGGCUGAACAGGAGGCGCGGCUGUUGUCCCACCUAAAGCACCCCAACAUUGUGGCCUACAGGGAAUCCUGGGAAGGAGAGGACGGCAUGCUGUACAUUGCUAUGGGCUUCUGUGAGGGAGGGGAUCUCUACCAUAAGCUGAAGGAGCAGAAAGGAAAACUCCUCCUAGAGAGCCAAGUCAUGGACUGGUUCAUCCAGAUCGCUAUGGCCUUACAGUAUUUGCACGAGGAGCACAUUAUGCACCGUGAUCUAAAGACCCAGAACGUGUUCCUGACCCGAUCCAACAUCAUUAAGGUGGGAGACCUGGGAAUUGCGCGGGUGCUGGAGAGUCAGUACGACAUGGCGAGUACGCUGAUCGGUACCCCCUAUUAUAUGAGCCCCGAGCUUUUCUCCAACAAACCCUACAACUAUAAGUCUGACGUGUGGGCCCUCGGUUGCUGUGUGUAUGAGAUAGCAACGCUGCGCCACGCUUUCAAUGCCAAGGAUAUGAACUCGUUAGUGUACCGGAUCAUAGAGGGCAAGUUGCCCCCGAUGCCAAAGGAUUACAGUAAGGAGUUGGGGGACCUGAUUGCAACGAUGCUGAACCGCCAGCCAGAGAAGCGGCCGAGUGUGAAACAGAUCCUACACAAACCCUUCAUCAGGCACCACAUCUCCUUGUUCCUACAGGCAACAAAGCUAAAGCACUGCAAACACAAAAGGAAAGUGUCGGCCAGCAGUCUGAGUGAUAUCCCAGCAAGCCCACAACAUGAAGAUCCCGCACUGCCCAAACCUGCCUGCGACCCGCCCAGAAAGGUUCCCCCGAAAAAGUUGAGGAGUCCGGCCAAGAACGUGCCGGCAGGUUCCGCUCCAUCUUCCUCAGACAUCGGUGCCCCAGAACCUGCCAACAAUGGUCUGAGCCACACCGGCGUGUCCCUAGCAACCCUUAGCAACGUGGAUAUCAGUAUCGCUGCGGCUGAACACGAUCGCUCUGCCCCGGAUCAUCCGAUACCUGCGGGGAAUCCUGCCAACGGUCACGUUACAGAGGAGCCAGAACGUCGCAGGGUCCAGCUCGGAUCUCAUACAGCCGAAGGCAAAGCGCAUUUAAAUUCUAUUUCCAGGGUAGAAAAGAGCCACUCUGGAGCCCUGCACCCCAGCAACAUGGAGGAACAAGGCGAUACCAUGAAGCUCCUACAGCCUGGCACCCAGCAUGGGAAAUCUCCCACCGAUGAAGAAUUGGAAUCUACAGAUAAACUCCUGGAGCCGUUUGUCCCAGUUAUGGAACAGGCUGCAGCAUCGCACGCAGAGAAAGCCGCGCUAUUGGUUAUCCCUGCGCCCCAGCCCCAUAGCUCCGUGUGUGAGCCCUCCCUCUCCCGGCAGCGGCGGCACCGGGGCCGAGACCAGAAGGCAGAAGAUGCACCCAAGCAGGACGGGGCAUGUCCCAGACCCCUCCCAUCUCCCCCGGGCACGUCCCGCCCAGCCGCACCCCACACCCGCAGUACCCCAGAGAUCCGCCGGCCUGCAGAUGGGAUGCACCAAUCAGAGGGCAGAGUGAAUUCAGCUUCACAGGAGCAGCGGCCUCUGUCUGCCAGGGAGCGAAGGCGACUCAAGCAAUCACAGGAAGACCUGUUUUCCUCAGAAAUCAGGCGCAGCUCCUGUCACAGUGUUGGAACAGAUGCCCAUUGUGGCGCUCAGGCCCCUGCGGCCCCCCCAGCCUCCCUCCCUGAUGGGAAACAGAAGAGCCCUAUGUGCCAGCGUUUGUCUGAAGAUGAGUUGAGUUCCUCUGCCAGUUCUACGGAGCGCUCGGAGGGGGAAUAUAAGGAAGGGAAAUCGGACUCGAGUGAGAUGCAGGACCUGGUUGAGCUGAUGACCGAGACGCUGCACAUGGAGAGGUCGGAGAGGGCAGAACCAAAGGGCAGAGAGUUCCGGCCCCAGAGGAAAUACAGAGACACCCUCAUUUUACAUGGAAAAGCCCCCGCGGAGCCUGAUGAGUUGCACUUCCAUGAUUUCCCCUCAGAUACCCUGACGGUGCCGGAGAAGUUUCGGCGCAUGGUGGAGGCUCUGAGGGCUGAUGUGGUGCAGGGAGUGGGAGUGAAGCUGCUGGAGAGAGUGUAUGAUAUCAUGGAGUGCGAGGAUGAGACCGCCAGGGAGCUGCAGCUACAGAAUCAGCUGGGAGACAAGUACGCCCCCUACAGCCUGAAGAUUCAGCAGCUCAAGUUCUUUGAAGACCAUUCCAAGUUUUAGCUGGGGGGGGGGGUCCCUUUGUACAGAACUGAAGCAGCACAAGUGUUGGUUUAUUCCGUAGAGUUUGUAUAUUUUUAUAAUGUUCUUCCUUUUUUAUCCGUAUUCUGCCUCCUGUAAAUAUUAUCAUUGUGUCUCAGAUAAAAACAUUGUUUGCACCGUA